UUUACCAUGGAUACCACAGUUGGUGGUAUCUUUCAACCACUCAAAGGUUUUCACAAUUCUCCAAUGGAAGUAAACCACAGACUACAAGGGAGUUUCACAGCUAUUAAAACCAGGGUUCCACAGUUGAGAGGUAGCUUUGCAGUUUGUGGAGAUUUAUUUUUCAUGACUGACUGCAUUAUGGUUCAAGUCGGAGGGAAAGAUUCCUGGAACUCCAUCACAAGUGUUGCCUUAACAGGAGCCAUACUGGCAGCAAGAGAUGGAUCAGUGGCCAUGGUUGGGUCAGCAGUGAUGGGUGGCAUUCUAGCUUUAAUUAUAGGACCUGGUAUCUUGUUGAUAAGAUUUAUCUCUGCAUGAUUUCCCAAUGGUC